AUGGCUCCCGAACUCAGCGCCUUCGAGGCCCGCAGGAGAGCCAAUGUUGCGAGUAAUGCCAAGCUCUUGAAGGACACGGCGGAAGUGGCUGCGAAUAUGCGUAGGGCCGCAGCUCCAGCUCCCAGGCCCGCCGCCGCCACCACCACCCCAAGGAAGAGGAAGGCGACUGAGCCAUCACCGCGAACCCGUGUCAUGCCUACUCGACAGACCCGACAAAGUGCGCGGCUCUCUGGCGCAGAUUCCGAGUCCAAUGGUACCCCUACAAAACUCGAGGACAUCCCGCUCGAAUUGCGUCCACGCGAGUCGAAACGGGCUCGGACGGCUGGCGAUCUUGUCUUAUCGGAUCUUCAAAUCGAAGGUCAGAGAUACUCAAGCACCGGCGCACUUGCAAAUUUCGUUCAAGGGGCCCAGCCAGGAGUUCGAACGUUUACCGAAGAUGAUGUCAAGGAUUCUUCUGAUGAACAGUUGAAGACUUUGCGAAAGGGUAUGGACGAGCUGAGUUUGUACGCCGGAUGGCAACCGAACGAUAUCAAACUCACCCCGGAGCGCAUCUAUGCUCUGACGUUUCACCCAAUCAAGGAAAAACCAAUUGUUAUUGCCGGCGAUAAGAAAGGGACUUUGGGCUUUUUUGAUGGGUCACAGCAGACGCCAGACUACGACGAUGACGAUGAAGAUGUCAGAAUCCCGCUUCCCCAAAUCGGCGCAUUCGAAGUUCAUACCAGAACGAUAUCCUCGAUAAAGGUUCCUAUCUUUGAUUCCAAUUCCGUAAUCACAUCAUCUUAUGACUCUUCAAUCCGAUGCUUGGACUUGCAGAAACAAGUUAGUAGCCAGAUUUGGCAGCCAAGCGACGAGAGCGAGGAUCUGGGGAUCACUUGUCUCGACAUAUCCCAGGAGGCCAAGGACACCAUCAUCUUCUCCACCUUGGAAGGCGGGAUCGGUCGAGUCGAUCGACGCUCCAAGGAGAAGGCCGAGAUUUGGGGUCUGACGGAGCAGAAGAUUGGAGGAUUCUCACUGCACCCGCUACUCCCUCAUCUAGUCGCCACGGCCAGUCUCGAUCGGACCUUGAAGAUUUGGGACAUGCGAAACAUAAAGGGCAAGGGGGAGCUCCGGCACCCCUCACUUCUGGGGGAGCAUCAUUCGCGGCUCUCCGUCUCGCACGCGUCAUGGAGCCGCGGUGGACACCUUGCCACGUCCUCCUACGAUGACACCAUCAAGGUCUUCGACAUGUCGGGAGCUUCGAAGUGGAAGACCGGCCAUGACAUCUCUGAGGACGAAAUGACACCCUCCCAUACGAUUCCUCACAAUAAUCAGACUGGCAGAUGGGUCACAAUCUUGAAGCCUCAAUGGCAGGUCAAUCCUUCGGAUGGCGUGGACAAGUUCGCGAUUGCCAACAUGAAUCGAUUUGUCGACAUUUAUGACUAUAACGGCAAGCAGCUGGGUCAGUUGGAAGGCGACGGGAUCACUGCAGUUCCCGCUGUUGCCGAGUUCCACCCCACCCACAAUUGGGUCGCGGGAGGUACUGGAUCCGGAAAACUCGCCUUGUGGAUGUAG